AUGCCCGACAAGGGAUAUUACGGUCCCUACGAACCUGAUGCUGCUCCAGAAAACGCUCCAAUGACAACCCGGCUCAUCCUUCAACAUUUUAGGCGUCGAGGUCUUGGUGGGGUGGUCGAUGCGCACCUGAAGGUGUAUGACACGACGAACGUGCGCGUGGUCGAUGCGUCGGUCAUACCCAUACAGCGCAGCGCGCACCCAAGCAGCGCAGUGUACGGUAUCGCGCGCAGAGAAGGCGGCGAUAUCAUCAAGGCUGCACAGAUUGAUUCAGAACGCCUCGCCAUGAGCCUUGUUUCAAGCUGGGAGCCCCUCGCACCUGACGCAUCCCAAGGUGUUCUUUCGCACUCAGGCUAG